UUUGGAAGAUUAAAAUUGACGUGGUUCGCCAGACUCGAUUGAUUUCAAACAAGUAGGAAAAAGGCGCAAGUUCGGAUGGUUGCGGUUGAUAAUCGGGGGUUGUUGUUUCACCGUUGCAUUUGACAAACGACUAGCCAGAAAAACUCAGAACUGCAGGGCGAUAGAUUUGAAGUUGAACUGGCAUCAGUAACAGUCCUGAACGAGCACAAAGUGGCGAGUGGUGUAGAGAGGCGAAUGUGACACCUAUACAGUUUUCAGUGCUACAAUUUCCCGUUGGAUUGGGCUGACUUCCUUUAACUCGAUAUUUAAGAGCCGAGCCAUUCUCUCAAGUGUCUCAACGUCGCAACAUGUGUCGUGUGUCAAAGAUUAAAAUUCCAUCGCAUCCACAAGUGGAAGGAGAAAGACGAUGCGCGAAUACAAUACCGAAGACGAUCAGACAUCAUAUGAACUAUUAGGAGAUUCGCACUCGCGAGCUGUUUGAAUUCUCUUGAAUAACAAUUAACGUAGUGGAUUUCUUGCCUAUUUUUGAACAUCAAGAGUGAAGGAUUACACAAAGUCAGAAAAUCACUCGAAUCAUGUUGAAAUUACGCGACAAAUUUCGGCAGUUGAAACUGACCGUUCGAUCGUUGGACCGUACCAAGAUUUUGGCACACGGAGGAGCAUAUGGCACCGUAUUUGAAGGGCAAUGGCGUGGGAUUCCAGUGGCCGUCAAGCGAGUUCCUAACAAUUUAACAAAGGAACGGAAGAAAUCAACUUUACUGAAACUCAAUCAUCGAAAUGUCAUCAAAUUAUUUCACAUAGACAGCGACGAACAUUUCAAGCAUUACGUUCUCGAAUUAUGUGAAGCCUCACUCGACAGAUUAUUUUUGAAAGAGUGCGACCCGCGAAAAUAUCGUGGCCCAAUGCCACCGGAGUAUGAAAUCAUCAAACAAUUAGCCGAAGGACUCGAGUACAUCCACCAAAUGAAACUAAUCCAUCGGGAUAUUAAACCAGAAAACGUCCUCAUCUGGGUGAACCCACAAACUGAUCAAGUUUUGAUGAAAUGGUCCGGGCUUGAAACGAGCAAACUAGUCAACGAAACGGGAACGUGUUCCAUGAGUGGAAUCAAAGGAACGUACAACUGGCUGGCACCGGAAACAAUAAAAUUACUUAAAGAGGAAGACGCUAAUUUUGUCCAGCAAACAUGGACAAUCCAAUCGGAUGUUUUUGCGGAAGGACUGGUCUUCGGCUAUUAUUUAUUGGGCGGGAGGCAUCUAUACGGAUCCCGUUAUCAAAUUCAAUACAACAUCAUCAAGAAUGCUCCCGUGAAUCUGCCUAAAAUCCAGGUGAAACCUGCUGUACGUGCCCUGAUCGAGAAAAUGUUGACAGCGAACCCAGAAGAUCGAAUUACUUCGUCAGAUGUCGUUCAGCAACUCGAAAAUAUCGGACGUGGACCGUUCAAGGACGACGAAGUGGUUGGUAUAAUUCGGUGUAGUUUAUUCGAUGACAGACCACCACCCGAAAAAUCGAAUGAAAUCAAAUUGGACAAAGAGACCAUUUUAGGAAACGGAGAUUACGGCGACGUUUUUCUAGGCGAAUGGAAUAGCAAACGGGUGGCUGUCAAGCAAAUCAAAUUAUCGGAAAUGAAAACACAAAAACAAGAAGACGAACUGACAUUACUGAGACUUGACCAUCCGAAUGUCGUCAAACUGUUGCACGUUGAGGAUGACUCAACAUAUAGGAAUUAUGCAAUGGAACUGUGUGCCGCCUCGUUGGACCAAUUAUUCUCGAAAGAUGAUGACCAUUCAAAAUAUCUCGAGUCGAUGCCCCCAGCGGAAGAUGUCCUCUAUCAAUUGGCUAUUGGACUCUACUACAUUCACGAAAAGGGAUUGAUCCAUCGGGACAUAAAACCUCAAAACGUCCUCAUCUGGAUGAAUCCAACAACCAAUCAAGUCCUGAUGAAAUGGGGCGGAUUACGACUUAGUAAAGGGAACGACGAUAUUAAAAACAGGAAUUUGACAUUUGGAUGGUUAGCGCCAGAAUUACUGAAGACACUGGACAAAGGAGAUUUCGAUACGUUUCCAACAGUCAAGAGUGACGUCUUUGCCCAAGGACUUGUGUUCGGAUAUUACCUGUUGAGAGGUGAACAUCUUUUCGGGUGUCCUGUUAAAGCAGCCUCUAACAUAAUGACAAACGAACCAGUCAACCUCCAAGGAUUCGAGAACCAGGCCACUCAAGACUUAAUAAAGAAAAUGUUGGAACCCAAUCCGGAAAAAAGAAUGACGUCGUCGGAUGUCGCCGAAGUCUUAGAACAAAUCAAAGCGAAAAAGAUGGUCACCUCGACAACGGGGGAUAAUACUCCAAGUUUGAAACAAAUCAAAAUUGAUGUCAACAAGAUUUUGGGAAGUGGAGGUUAUGGAAUAGUUUUCCAAGGCGAGUGGAAUAACAAUCAAAUGGCCGUCAAACAAAUUCCUUUAUCCAAAGUUGAAAGUAACAAACGAGAAGAAGAAGCGUUGCAAAUGCUCAAUCAUCCGAACGUUAUCAAACUUUUCCACACAGAAAGCGACUUGGAGAAUAGGUAUUACGCCAUCGAAUUGUGCGCUGCUUCCCUGGAUAAAUUAUUUUUUAGUGAUGAAUCCGCCAAGAAAUAUCGAGGACCAAUGCCCUCACAAAAAGCAGUUCUUCUCCAGUUAGCUACUGGAUUAGAAUACAUUCACGAAAAGAAAGUAAUCCAUCGGGAUAUUACUCCCAAAAACAUCCUCAUCUGGGUGAAUCCGGAAAACUCGAAACAAGUUUUAUUGAAAUGGGCCGAUUUCGGACUGAGCAAGCAAAUAGGUAAAAGUGAAACCUACACAGUGAGUAAAGUUAGAGGGGCAGAAGGAUGGCUUGCACCGGAAAUACUGGAAAUACUCGACAACCAGCAACAGACUAGUCGAACUGAAGCAAAACAAAGAGGAACCAUUAAAAGCGACGUCUUUAACCAAGGACUCGUCUUCGGCUACUAUCUUUUAAAAGGACGACAUCUUUUUGGGGGACUUCCUGAGCCAAACAUAUACAGAGACAAACCGGUCAACCUAGACAAAAUAGAAUGGGAAAUCGGUCGCGAACUGAUCAAGAAAAUGAUCCAUCCCAACCCAAGAAAACGAAUUUCUUCAUCGGAUGUCACACAAGAACUGAGGCAGAUGAAAUUUGGUCCACCGUAAUUCAUCUUACUUACAGUACUACCCCCACCAAGAAGAGUCUACACCCUACCGUUGUUGGAGCAUUCAUAUAAAUCACAGAAACUUCUGGGAUUCUUGUAAAGUGAUAAAUGAAAUAAAAUUAAAACUGAUUUAGCAUUUCACUCUUGACGGAAUAUUAGGAAGACAAGGAAAACCAAUAAAAACGACCAAAAAUCCAACAAUAAUCUGAUGGCUAGUGACAUGACACAGUUUCCCAAUUAGAAAAUUCUGAUGAAUCUUAACCGACUUUCUAUUUAAAUCCGCACACGACAGUCGAGCAAUAAAAUGGGCAAAAUUUACUAGCCUAAGAGAACGUCGUUCUUUAAAUUUGGAUGCUAAGUUCUCUUGCUGGGUGCUUAACCAGACCUGAUGAAAUAUUAUGUUUUUUUUUUCUUCUAGAUGUCGGAAAAGCGGCUGUGUUAUAAAAUGAGAUUUUGUGGAU